AUGAUUAACAAAAAUCUUAUUUUCUUAUUAUCAGUACUCGUUCUAUUAUUAAAUCAAAUCCACGUUAAUGCUGUAGAUUAUGUUCCUAGAAAUAUUGAUAUAGAGCGUUAUCCUAAAAAUAUUUUGGUCGGUUCUUACGCUGGAGGAAGAAGUCAUCUUAAACCAAUGUUGGAUGUCGCUGCUAUAUUGAUUGAAAGAGGUCACAAUGUAAUAUUAUUAACAUCAGGAAAUUAUGAACCAUCAUCAGAGUACCCAGGUCUAAAACAAAUCACAUUAGGACCUAAAUUGUCUGCAAGAAAAAGUAAAAUAGAUCUUCAGAAAGACUUUGAUUAUAGGCAAAUGUCACGAAUUAGGGAAUUAACUACGGCUGGCUACGGCAAAUCUUAUGAAAAAUUUAAUAAUGUUGCUAAAGAAUAUAAUAUUGAUCUAUUCUUUUGUGACGCUAUGGCUAAUGAAGCUUGCAUGGAUGUUGCUAAUAAUCUAAAUAAACCUGUUGUUGCUUGGUCUUCGUUUCUUCAAUUUGUGGAUCAUAAACCAUAUAAAUCUGAUCCGUUGUUCGGCUGCAACAUCUCAUUUGAAAAUGAAUCAUUUUUUGAGCGGUUUAGGUGUACUUUAAUACAACCUUUACAAAUAGCUUAUGCGUUUGCGUCUGUUGAGCGUCAAUUAAAUGACGCAAGAAAUCAAAUGAAUAUAAAUUUAGCAUCACGAAAAGGGUUAAAAUUCAACUUAGCUUUGAUUGAUAAUUUUUUCGGUUUUGAGUUACCACAACCCUUACCACCAAAUGUCCAGGAAAUUGGACCAGUAUUAUCGGAUGAAUAUCCCCCACUUACGCCUGAACUCACCAAUUUUAUUGAUAAACAUGAACGUGUCUUAUAUAUAGCUUUUGGUACGCGUGUUUACGUAAGAUCUGAACUCAAUGACAAACUUACGCAAGUAUUUGUUGAAGCAAUCAACAAUAAAAUAAUUGAUGGUGUAAUUUGGGCAUUAUCUGAGACAUCAAAAGAUGAUUUCAGUCCAACAUUAAGCUUAACCGAUGGUACACAAGUUCAAACUUCACCAAUUUUAAAUAAUGAACAUCCACAUAUUCAUGUUACAAAGUUUGCACCACAAUUUGCUGUACUUAAUCACACCAAUACGAAAUUAUUUUUUAGCCAUGGAGGCGCCGGAAGUACUCAUGAAUCUCUUUAUACUGGUACUCCUAUGUUAGUGUUACCUUUUGGUGGCGAUCAGAUGGGUAACGCUCAAAGAUUAGAAACAGCCGGUAUAGCAUUAUCAUUAAAUAAACAUUCUUUGGAUGUCAAUGAUAUUUUAAAUAAAAUCGAUUUCUUAUUAAAAGAUGAACAUAUAAAGAAAAAUUCAAAGAGAAUGAAAUAUCUAGCCAGAAUUAAUAGUAAUAGAAAAUAUAAAGCAGCCGAUUUAAUUGAAUAUGUAUUAUAUAGUAGUGGUUUAGAUGAAUAUUUAGAUGAUGACUUUUUAAAAGAAUGGAUUCCUGCUGAAUCUAGAAUGGGAUUUAUUAAAGCAAAUAAUCUUGACGUUUAUGGAUUUUUAUUAGGUAUCAUUCUUACACUUAUUGGAAUUACAUUCAAAUUGAUUAGUAAUUCUUUGUCUAAUAGAAAAAAAUCAAAGAAAGAAUAA